AUGGAUGCUUGUGAGAUUGCUGAAGCACUCGAUGCAAGUCAAGAUUUUCCAGAAAUGUCAUUGUGGCCGAUAGCAAAAGUUGCUGAAUUUGAUGCAUCAGCUGGUAACUCAUAUAGUAGCAAGCAGUCUUUGGAACUUCCAUAUGUGAUUCAGCAACUAGCAUUUACUGAGGUGGAGCGUAGAACAGUUUGCUCCUUGUGCAUUGUUCUUCUCCCUUAUGGUAAACUUAUGGUCUUAAAAGGUAUGAAGCACGCAAACUUGCAUAUUCUCGACGAAGAUUUGACAUACUCAUUGAGUACAGAAAGGACAAUUACCAAGUUAUUCAUUGUGGAGUAUGAGCAAACAACGAACAGAGAGCUUACGGAAGUUCCUUUACAAGAGUUGGUAUCCAGUAUGAGUGGACCAUUAUUUGUAAAUGAUCCAUUCCCUAAAACAUCACCUGUUGUUGAGCACUAUCAUAUUCUCCCAUACAAGAAGAGUUUGCUUCAAUUCCUGCACAGGGAAAGGCCUUCUGAUUAUGCAGUACAUGAAAUAGCUGAAAGCAUGGAUCAGCAAGAAGCAAAGAACAACCAUGACUACAGCUGCUGUAACGUGGAAGGUCCGGAUGGUGAGAACCCCGUGCGAGAAAAUGAUCCACUUGUUGUUGAUCUGGAUACUUCAAAACAAACAACUAAGUACAGAAACAUAAAAGAAGCAGCUGCAGCUAGUGGAGGAAAACUCAUCUUACAAGCUGGUGUUCAAGUGGACAAGGAAAAAACACAGAGCAGUGAUAUCACCCCGGAUGUCUUCCCUACAAAGGCACCAAGUGUUGGUCAUGUAACGGAGAACAUUAUUUUGGAAGGUCAAAACAUGGGAGCUUCAGAAAAUUCUGGAGGCAUCAUGGAGAACAACAAUGAUCAGAUGUAUCAUUCACUACAAUUAAUUCAGAAAAUGCGGGAUGAUUUUCUUCACAAGAAACACAUACUUGCAGAACGUAGUGCUCAAUGUGAUAUGGACAUUCAGACAAUCUUGAGUGAAGGGAAGAUGACAUCAAUUGUGAAAUCAAUAAUGGACAAAUAUAAGAACAAUAGCUCAAAUAAGGCAGAAGCAACCACUUCAUCUUUGUCUGGAGGUGGCGGUCAAACCUUGACCACAAAGAGGUUGAAAUUGAGAGAGGCACCCCUCCUAGGCAAAAAAUGUCAGGAGCUAGAUGACAUUUGUCGUGACAGCAACUGGAUGCUUCCUAGAUAUACAGUUCUACCUUCAAAAGAUGGAAUGUUCGACGCAUGCGUAAAUCUGAGGGGCUUUGAUUUUGACAUGAGAAUCAAUGGCGAUCGUUGUAUGACCCCGUACGAAGCUAGGUGCUCUGCUGCUGCCCAUAUGAUAGUAGAGCUUCAAAAGAAGGCAGAGAAAGAAUAGAAGGCUAUGAAAGGUUGCCUCAUUAAACUGCUUAAAUUGUAAACCGGCAGCUGGCUGAAAAAAACUGAGUUUGUCUAAUCACUACAACAUUGAACCGAUUUUCCUGAGAAAACUAAUUUCAUUGUUCCCUUGUUUAUCUA